AGAUUCGACAAGAACGCUUCAUCCGAAGUAGAGCAACCAACUGCAAAACAACCGUCUAGCGAAGCACAACAGCCAAAUUAUUCGGUAACAUUGGAGGUAGAGCUGUCCAGGGAACAAACAGCUAAUGUUGCAACGCUGAAGUAUCCAGCAUCGAAACAACCCAACACAAAUAUAUCAUCUGAAUUGCACGAACCAAAACAAAUUCAACAACAACAACACCAAAUUGAGUCAUUCCGUCAAAUACAACAAUCAACACAGCCUUCAUAUACAUUAAGCGGCGCUUCACAGGUUUCACCACCGACUUCAUCGUGCGUUUCGUAUACAUCUGCAAAUUUGACGUUUCUUAAGGAGAAACUUUCGAGCAGUCAUCAACAGCUAUUCGAGGCAACGUCAAAGACAAGUGAUCGUACGGCAAAAGAAGAAGAAUCUGAGGAAAAGGUGAAAGAUUCUUUCAGUGAGUCGGCAGGAAAGAAAUUUCAGGAGAACGUAACGAAAACAGCGAACAGUGCAUCGGCAAUGAACACAGUGCAUGUUCCGCUCGGUAACACUUUCUCUGGAAUAUCCUCCUACCGUGAUGAAAGCAAGGACCAAUUCAACAGAUCAGUGUUGAAUGACGAGAAUGUUACUGACGAUGAUGUGAUGAUUUUUAACAUUGAUUUGGGUCAUCACACUACGAAUCCACAUAAAUAUUUCGGAUUUACUGUUGCGGGUGGCAAAGACAAAGACAGCGCACUGAGAGUCGAAACCGUUAUUCGUGGAACUCCAGCUGACGAGUGUGGUCUAAAGGCUGGCGAUUUGAUUUUGAGUAUAAACGGUGAAUCGGUAGAAGAGCGUUAUCUUCAAAGUGUCAUACGAAUGAUCCACGAGGCGGCACGUCUCGGUGAAGUAGAAGUCAAAAUCAGGAGACCACCAUAUGAAACAGUGAAGCGUGAUCAUAUUGAAGGACACAAUGAAUUAGAAACGAUGGUAAUCACAUCACCUCGUUCAACACGCCAACAACAUCAAGAAUGCUAUAAUGGCGAUGGAUUGGUCUCAUUCGAUGAGAAACGAUCAAUGUUCGAUAGAAAGACGAACGAUGAGAACAUUGCUAGCAGUAGUUACAAUCAGUUCAAGCAACUCAAGAAACAAAAACAACAAACGUUUAAAUGGAACCCGACUUCUUCAGUGGCUCCUCGUGCACUAUCUACAUCAACGUUACAACACCAGUCAAACGGACCCACGCCGAUCACAGAUGCAAACGCGCCACUAGUUGAUCAUCAAAUGAGCAACAUUAAUAAGCUGGAUGCAGUCACGAGCAGUGUCCGAUACGGCUUUCAAGCGGAUCAUUCGGCCGCGUCCUCGCGACCAGCAUCCACUCGUUCACCGUCGUUAUCGCCUUAUGACGACGAUUGUUGCGCUGAUUUUGAAGCAGCACCUCGGGAUCGUUGCUCUACGUUCGGUUCAUCAACGGAUUCGGCCAUCUUCGAGAGCUCACUUCCAUUCGGCUCAUCGCUGAAUUCAACCCGCAGUAGUCCCAGAUCGAAUAAUGCGGAUUAUCGAGUUACAUCAAUGCAUGAUAAGCCAGAACCUGGUAAAUUGUCCGAUUUCAUACCUGAAGUCGAACGAAACGCACGUCAACGAAAUCAACAGAGUUAUCGUGGUAACGAAUACGAUGAAAGCUAUAAACGUAGAGAACAAGAAGAUGAGUGCGGAUAUACUGCUGCCGGUUUGUCGCCAACUAGUGGAAUACAGCCGAAAGUGGUUCGAAAUUACGAUGUUACUCCUUGCAGAAGCGCCACUAUUUCACCGGUUCAAGAGAGACGUAAACAGUUAGAAGAGAACCGCGAAAAGAGUGAUUCCACUGAUCAUGGUCAAGAGUUAUUGCCAGAUGACGCUGAUCAGUUGAACGAAACUCAGGCAAACACAUCAUCGAAACCGCCCAAUAUUCCAGUUGGUAUUGGUGUGGCCUCAGCUGAUGACAGCAACAAUCCCAAACUACUGCCAACAAUGGCUGGAAUUCGUAGUUUGAUGGCAUCAGACGAUAACAUCACUACUCGAGCGCAUCGCGGUGACAUCGAUGAACAGGCUGAAUCGCAGGGUCACAGUACCGAACGUUUGAUGUCGCUGACACCGUGCAGUUGGCCAGAAUCUGUAACGUCAACAUUCAGUGCAAUUGGCGAUAGCACCACCGAGAUGAUGUCAGGCGGAUCAAUGGGCUCAAGAAGUAGCACAAUUCGUAGUGGUGUGGGCGUAGGUGGGGGCGACGGUGGUGCUCAUGCAGCAUCCGGGGCAGAAUGCUGCGGAAGUGAUAAGCGAGUGACAUUCGGCUGGUCGGAAACACACGAAAUAACACCACGUCAAACGCAAGAGAUUAUAUAUCCAGUGCCGAAUGAAACUAAACAAACGCAGCCAAAAGAUCGCCUCGAAGAACGGAAUGCGUCCAGUCCUAAAAGUGACAAACAUAGUGAAAGAAUGGAAGAACCUAAACCAGCACCAUCACUUAAUCCGCCUUCAACAAAACCAGUCGAAAUAAUCCAUCCGAUCCGUCUACUUGAUCAGCCGGCUAACAUUGAUAGAACUACUAGUGCUGGAGUUGCCGUCUCGGAUAAGCCUCUACGUAUAACCACCAGGGAAGUACGUGAGGUAGAAGAACAAGAAGAGAAAAUCACAAAAGUUGAACGUAGAAAGGAGACAACGCAAAAGAAACUUCAUCAACCACGUCGUAUUCCCAUCACACCAAACCUGCCACGUUCUCAUGUUGUUCAUUUGAGAUGCAGUUCAUGUAACAACCUACUCAGUGACAGCACUCCUUAUCACGGUAGUUCAUCAACAGCUCGAAACGUUGAUCAUUUCAGUGAAGAUGAGACGUUUAUUCGUAAAGAAAAGCAACAACACAGUUAUCAUCCCACUAAGGCAUCCUCAUCCAGUUGUGAUGAUGAUCCACCAACAGUUCACGCCACUAGACAUCACCGUUUGAAUGGUGGUGGUGGUGUGACAACGAAGUCGUACGAAUCGCUCACAGAACGCUUCUAUAAAACGGAUGUUCGUACGAAAUGCUUCGUGACCAAAUCGUUAUCACCACAACGUGCAACGAUCACGUUCAAUUGUGAGACGUUCGAUAAACCGCUGGAUGAAUUCAAACAACGCGCCCGUCAGCAUAAUACUGAUCCGAAUCGUACGCGUCCUAAACUUAUUGAAGCAACGGAUUCACGUGAGUGGAGGCAAAUCAUUGAGCAACAACGUUUACCAAAUGCGGGUGAUUCGAGUAGCAGGAAUCGUCUCGACUCCGACUCCAAGUUUCGAGUUGUACACAGCUCAUCUGGAUCGCUGAAGGACACUCUUAUGAAUUCCUCAUCCUGGUCAUCGCAGUCGUCACGACCUCAUCCGCCGACUGGUAUCACAGAUGCAACUCGAUUGAAUAGAGCAGAACUGAAUGCUUCUUCCGAAUCAAAACUGUCCAAGGCUACAGCUCCAACGUCUAUUCUGAGGACAAGCGUUGAGGUACUACAUAAGUUCCCAGAGGAGGUACAGUCUCAUUCAGCCGACUCUAAUGAAACCAUGCCAGCAAAAUCUUUUAGAAGUGGACGAGAUGAAAACGUUGCUGAAUCGAAAUCGAACGAACAUGUAGUGGCGGUUAGUGGGAAGAAUAAAUGCUCGCAUUGUGGCAAAGAACUUGGGCGUGGUGCAGCGAUGAUCAUCGAAUCCCUAGGUUUAUUCUAUCAUUUGACCUGUUUCCGAUGUUAUGUCUGUAAUACGCCACUGGGAAACGGUCGGCAAGGAGCGGAUGUGAGGGUCCGUGACUCAAAGCUUCACUGUCAACGUUGUUACAGCAACGAUGAAGCCGGACUCAAGUUCAGUCAGGUGUAA